UACCUAACGAUAAGGCUACCAUUUCAAAACAUUACAUUCUCUUGUGGCCAAUAUUAUCAAAUAUUCAAUCCAACGGAUGACAAUUUUCAGCCACCAAUUUUUUUCAAUCCAUACCAUUAGAUUAGUAACAUCCAAAUUUCACCAUUAUAUAUAGCAAGUUUGAGUAGAAGCAUAAGCAGAAGCAAAAAAGUAGUACUUGGUGAACUAAGAAGGAAAAGAAAAAUGGCUUUGAUUUCCUCCGCCGCAGUCACCACCGUUAACCGGUCUCCGGUACAAGCCAGCUUGGGCAGUACUUUCACCGGUCUCAAAUCCUCAGCUGGAUUCCCAGUCACCAAGAAGAGCAAUGACAUUACCUCCAUCACAAGCAACGGUUCAAGAGUUCACUGCAUGCAGGUGUGGCCACCAGUUGGCAAGAAGAAGUUUGAGACCCUUUCAUACCUUCCACCACUCACAGAGGAGCAAUUGCUUAAGGAAGUAGAGUACCUUAUUAGGAAGGGAUGGGUUCCAUGUGUUGAAUUUGAGUUGGAGAAAGGAUUUGUCUACCGUGAGCACAACAAUUCACCAGGAUACUAUGAUGGACGUUACUGGACAAUGUGGAAGUUGCCAUUGUUUGGAACAACUGAUGCAUCUCAAGUGUUGAAGGAAGUUAAUGAAGCUAAAAGUGUUUACCCAGAGUCAUUCAUCCGUAUCAUUGGAUUCGACAAUGUUCGUCAAGUCCAGUGCAUUAGUUUCAUUGCACACACACCCAAAGUCUACUAAAUUUGAUAUUUGCACCACCCUUUAUUAUUGCUUUGUUUGUACUUCACCCUUGUAAGAACUAUAUUUCCCAUUUGUUUUAUGUUUUUUAAUAUUUCAUCAUCAAUAUAGUAUCAUCCUGUUGUAUUUUUGGUUAUUAUGUAUUCGGAUUUCCAUUGGAAAUUAUGAAUGGAUGAGAACUAUCAAUAAUAAAAUAUGUUGUUUCUUUCUUCCCAAA